AUGGAGGAUAUCAGUAAGAUCAAGCCAUAUAUAAGCUACCUCAAUAAGCAACUUGAGCAGUUAGCUAUCGAAAUCAAAAAAUUGACUGCACAGUCGCUUAAUGAACAGCUUCUCUCGCUGAAAGAUGAGCGUGAAAAGCUAGCUCUGUCAAAUAAAUACGCUUAUGUGCUAAGUUCUCUGUUAUUUGUAUACAUGAAAGUCCUCAACGUUAAGGACAUGUCACCUAUUAUGGGUGAACUUGCGAGGGUUAAGAGUUACAUGGAUAGGGCCAAACAGCUAGAUAAGAAAGAAAUCGAAAAGCAACAAAAGCAGAAAGAGCAACAAGCAAGUGCUAAGGCUAUAAUACAGAGCUCUCUAAAUGGUGCUGAUCCUCAGCCGGCGAUCAGUAAGGUCCAUUUCCAGGGUCGCCAUACAAAGUUUGAAGAUAGCGGAGACAAGGAAGAGAUGGCCAAGAAGAUCAUGAGUAGAUUAAAACAAGCAAAAAGCACUAAAGGAAAGGUCAGCAAGAAGAAGUAA